AUGGCAUUCAAAAAGCGCCCCAAUAUCAUAUUUGUUAUGGCCGAUGACCACGCCUCGAAAUCUAUAUCCUGCUACGGUGCUGGCAUCAACCACACCCCGAAUCUCGAUCGUAUUGCUGCAGAAGGGAUGCGUUUCAACCACUGCUACGUAACCAACAGCAUCUGCACACCAUCCCGGGCAGCAAUCCUCACGGGGACGCACAACCACGUUAAUGGAGUGAUGACUCUCGACUCCAAGAUCAACAAACACAUCCCUAAUGUCGCAAAGCAACUCCGAUCGGGCGGGUAUCAAACGGCUAUGGUGGGAAAGUGGCAUCUGGGCGAGGGAAAAGAUCAUGAACCAACUGGAUUCGACCACUGGAGUGUGGUGCCCGGACAGGGCGAAUACUUCGAUCCCCAGUUCAUUGGUCCAGACGGUACAACUCGCGUGCCUGGGUACGCGACUGAUAUAAUCACUGACAAGAGCCUGGACUGGAUUAAAAACCGUGAUCCACAACGGCCAUUCUUCCUUAUGUGUCAUCAUAAAGCUCCCCACCGGUCCUGGGAAUGCGAUCCGAGGCAUCGCCAUCUGUACACAGAUCCAGUGCGCCUCCCGGACACAUUCACUGAUGAUUACAAAAAUCGUGCCAAAGCGGCAAAGAUAGCCAAGAUGCGAGUGGCCGAGGAUCUCACAUACGGAGAUCUGGGGUUAGCGCAGCCUGAAGGAACCUCCGACCUCAUAGGGAACAAGAUGGUCGAUGCUUGGUGGUGGCAGGAUCGAAAGAUUCCCGCGCCAGAGGAUGUCACAAAGCUACGACUCAUCGACAAGAACGAUGGCACCGUCUUCACCUUCAAAACGCCGGCGGAGCUAGCAAAGUUCAAGUUCCAACGGUACAUGCAGCGCUAUUUACGCACGAUUCAAAGCAUCGACGACAACGUCGGUCGCAUGCUUGACUUUCUCGACGCUGAAGGCCUUGCCGAUGAUACAAUUGUCAUUUAUACCUCAGAUCAGGGGUUCUUUCUAGGCGAGCACGGCUGGUUCGAUAAGCGCUUCAUGUACGAGGAGAGUUUCCAGAUGCCGUUUCUCAUACGAUACCCGCGUGAGAUCACGGCAGGUACAAUUUGCGACGAUAUCAUCUGCAAUGUAGACUUUGCUCCAACUUUUCUUGAUUUUGCCGGGGUACCUGUGCCAACGUACAUGCAGGGUGUUAGCUUCCGAUCGCUAUUGCACCAAAAAACACCUGAUUAUUGGCAGCAAGUGGCGUAUCAUCGCUACUGGAUGCAUCGGGACAUCAUUCAUGAGGCAUACGCCCAUUACGGUGUACGCGAUCAGCGAUACAAGUUGAUCUAUUGGUAUAACGAGGACUUUGGCCUCGAAGGCACGCGCCCGGGAGGCGAGGAAAAGGAAUGGGAACUGUUUGAUUGUCAGGAAGAUCCAUUGGAGCUUUUUAAUCGUUACCAUGACCUGGAAUACCGGCAGGUUGUUGAGCGGAUGACGAAGUUGCUGGAUGAUAAGAUGGAAGAGAUCGGCGAUGAACCUGUUCAUACUCGCAUUAGCUCUGCCUAG